AUGGUCUGCUCUCGAGGCUACUAUCGAGCUGGACGGCGAAAUGAGGCGGUCUCGCUGAUGCGCAUCCUCGCCACCGGCGUCUGCCAGUUCGUCACGGUUCCACUUUGUCUGGUCGGCUGGUUCUGGAGCAUAGCCUGGGCGAUUCGAAUGCUACAGGUUGCCGGUAAGCGAGAUCGUUCUUCAUUGGGUCUUCGACGAGGAUUGCUUCAAAGUGGUGAAAUCUGA